CUCCUUUUUCUACUACCAAAGUAAUAUUUGAUACCAAACCCCAUAUUAAACCUUCAACAACAAAAAUGAAAACAAAAUGUAUGUACCUAAUCAAAUAUACUAUAUAGUAUAUAGUAAUUUUUAUUUAUAUUUAUAAUCACACGCAUCUCUUUUAUAUAUGUGAUUGUGUAGUGCUAUUUAAUACCACAAGUCACAAGUGCCUGGGUGCCACUUAUAUUCACGUCCCUUUGUGCAUUUGUUUGUAGUAGUUUUGUUUCCAGCUUUCAUAGACAAUUUCAAGGUAUGGAGCAGGGAAAGCUGAACUAAUGGCGGAUUAUAAUGGAGGAGGAGAAGAGUAUUUAACCACGCAACAUGUAGAUGAGCCUUCAUCUGCGGAUAAGAAAUAUGGAGGGCUUGUGCCUAAGAAGAAGCCCCUUAUCUCAAAGGAUCAUGAGCGUGCUUUCUUUGAUUCAGCGGAUUGGGCUCUUUGUAAGCAAGGAGCAGCGAGCCAAAAAGCAACAAAUGUUGUGGAGUCCCUACGCCCAAAAUUACAGAGAACACCUCACCAGCAACUACCUCCUCGAAGACCAGCAUGUACCUCUGGAUGAGAUAAUUAUGGUAAUGCAGGUAGAUUAGUCUUCCAUGCACAGCCCACUAUGAAGGAAUUAUGAAUACAAGCGUUUAAAUAAUCAAUAAGGCGGCUAGCUUAUAUAUAUGGUUUAAUGUCUUUUAUAUAUACAAAAACGUUUUUGCUAGUUUUUCCUUUGGGAUGAAUGUUGGUGUAAAUUAAAUUUUCCGAGGAAAAAACUGUCUAUCCAAUGGGUUACUUAUCCAUUAGAGAUAGAUACGAAAAAUUAGUGGAGUUAACUCAGCAUUGUUAAUAAUUCUUGAAUUGUCUAUGUUUAAUGGAUAACAAUUAGUAUA